UAUGAGCUUUCAAUGCGUGUGCUACAUGACACACAAACUGUGCGUAUGUUAAAACGAAACAACAAAAUAUAUAUAUAAAAACAUUUUUAUGAUCAAAGAUUGUGUUUAUAGUGCUUUGUGGACUGUGUUUGAUGUUUAUAUCGUAGAACGACUAUUGUGCUAAUACAACAUUCCUUUUUUCGGAGAUGGUUAUCCUUACAAGCCGAGCGGAUAUGUCUGAAGGACCAGCAACAGCCGAAUGGGACAUCAAUGACGCCGUAGUCCCCAGGGUCACCAGUUUCGAUACGUUCGGCGAGUGGUGUGACGGACACGUACGUCGCGUGUACCCACCUGGCUGCGAAGAAGCGAGGCGACAUGCUUCAGGCUGGGCCAUGAGGAACACAAAUAAUCACAACGUGCACAUAUUGAAGAAGAGCUGCCUCGGUGUGCUCGUCUGUUCCACUCGAUGCCGACUACCUGACGGAUCAAGAGUUCACUUGAGACCGGCUAUAUGUGAUAAAGCGAGGAAAAAACAACAAGGUAAGCCCUGCCCAAACAGACUUUGCAACGGCGGACGAUUAGAAGUUCAACCAUGCCGAGGUCACUGUGGCUACCCUGUUACACAUUUUUGGCGUCACACCGAACACGCCAUCUUUUUUCAAGCGAAAGGAUCUCAUGACCACCCGCGUCCAGAAGCUAAAGGAGCCAGUGAAGUGCGAAGAUCUCUCGGUGCAGGCAGAAGAGUCCGCGGCCUCGCCUUACUACUCGCCAGAGACGCAGCAAUAGCCGACAAAAUAUUAACUGUCAAACCAGAUAAACAUAUGCAACAAAAAAUCAACAUCCACCCACAACCACCGCCGCUUAUUCCUGAUAACCAAAGAACUCUUACCUGUACCUGUGGACCGUUCGAGUGCAAUUGUCGAUGGCGAUCCGAAACCGCAGCGGAGCCAUACGCAGCUGCCGCGUGGACACCGACGGAACACCAGCCCUACACAGCUUACGUUCCUCCUACGCAACCAACGCAAUCACUUCCCCAACAUCAAACUUACGAUCCAAACGCGUUACCCGCCGAUGACAUUUUCCAUCCAGAAGAGAUAUUCCAACUCGACCAACCGAUUCGUCUCGACUUUCCAAUCGAAGAAAACACGCUCGAAUCUCCGCCCACUUUUGCGGACUUAAACAGCGAAAAUUCCAGGCCCGAAGACGCCUACUGGUUAGAAUGGCAACGGGCUGCAGGUGGUUCGGAAUCUAGCGAAACACCUUCACCCGAACUAUUUGGUAAUCACUAUCAACAGGCUGAAUCAUACUGUGAUCAACAAUCUUAUGUCCACCAAACAUAUUAUCCCGAAGAGGCUCAGUACUACCCAAUGGAACACGUUAGAGAUGCUUCGCCGGUCAUGGAGAUGCAAGACCAGAGGUAUUACAGAUACGGACAAGACUGCGCCCAAAACAAUUUAGAUAUGCAAGGGUGGAACUAUUCCGAUUGUGCCUUCAACACGCACGAAGUGCCCGAAUGCAAACAAUAUUAUGACGUACAUCCCUCCCAAACCGUAAACACAUUUAGUUCAUUAUUAUAAUAGUAUUUUUUAUUUAAUUUGUACAUAUCUGUUGUAAAUUGUAAAUAGAUUUGUUAUUUUAUCUGUAAUUAUUAUUUAAGAAAUGUUUGUGUUUCGAUAGAAGAAAUUUGUUCCUUUAACUUAAGGAAACGAUAAUAAUUAUUGUUAAUCAGUGCAAAACUUAAAUACUUUAGAGGAGUACA